AGAGAGAGAGAGAGAGAGGGGGAGGGAGAUGGAGUUGUGGUUGUACGUUAGUGGCUCACUCUCACUUCACUUCACUCAGACUCUCUCCGUCUCUCUGUGUGUCUCGCUCUCUCUCCGUCUCUCUCUCUCUCUCUCUCUCUGUGUCUCUCUCUCUCCAUCUCUCGGCUCGUUCCGCUCUUAUUUCCUCUUUAAACUUGAUUCUUUCCUCACCGUAUUUCAUUGUUUCCGCUCUGUAAAGAGAACAGUCUGACUUCAGGACAUGGACUGCUCUCUGGACCAGCUGGACGCUGCAGGAUUUCUGCACAUCUGGCAACACUUCGAUGCAGACGAUAAUGGCUACAUCGAGGGAAAGGAGCUGGACGCCUUUUUUCGGCACCUCCUGACAAAACUGGGACCCGGGGAUAAGAUAACGGAGGAGAAAGUGCAGCAGCUGAAGGCCAGGUUCAUGUCCGUCUACGACGUCACGGCCGACGGACGCCUGCAGAUCCAGGAACUCGCCAAUAUGAUCUUACCAGAACAAGAAAACUUCCUGUUGCUAUUCCGCCGUGAAGCUCCUCUGGACAACAGUGUGGAGUUUAUGAAGAUCUGGAGGAAGUAUGAUGCAGACAGCAGUGGAUAUAUAUCUGCAGCAGAGCUAAGGAAUUUCCUGAAGGAUCUUUUUCAGCAGCACAAAAAGGAAGUGUCUUCUAACAAGCUGGAUGAAUACACGGACACCAUGAUGAAUAUAUUCGACAAGAACAAAGAUGGCCGCUUGGAUCUGAAUGAUUUAGCGAGAAUCCUGGCUCUUCAGGAGAACUUCCUGUUGCAGUUCAGGAUAGAUGCGAACUCGCUGAACGAGAGAAAACAAGACUUUGAAAAGAUCUUCGCUCAUUACGACGUUAGUCAGACUGGAGCUCUGGAGGGACCCGAGGUGGACGGAUUCGUCAAAGACAUGAUGGAGCUGGUCAGGCCGAGUAUCUCAGGCCCGGAGCUGGACCAGUUCAGAGUCGUGCUGCUGCGCCACUGCGACACGAAUAAAGACGGAAAGAUCCAGAAGAACGAACUGGCCCUGUGUUUAGGGAUGAAACCGAAGCCUUAGUCGUUGUUCGUGUGUUUAUUACCCAGCGUGCCGCUGGAGGAGUGUGUGCAAACCUGCGCUAUUUAUAAUAUACUUAAAUACUGCUACAGACACGUGCUGAUCUUCGCUAUUUCACACCGUUAUCAUGACUCCGCGGCUCCUGCGCUUCGGUUAGAGAUGAGUCAGGAUGCAUUUUUCAGCAGAUGCUAUUAUAUCCAGGAGAAAUCACCCGUAUCACCCAUCACUCAUCUUUAUUGUGUGUGUGUGUGUGUGAGAGAGAGAAAGCACAAAGCAGCACAAUCAGCAGCUGUAAUCCGGAGCACCUCCGUGUUUGUUUUGCUAGUUACAGCGAAGUCCAUUCAGCUAGUCGACGUAAACAUGUUUCAUCAUUUAUUAGGAUUUUAAACGUCAAAUUGUUUCUAGCUAAACCAGCUAAUACACCCCCUCCCCCCCCCCCGUGCUAAGCUGUUUUCUCCCUCUCCUCCUUCACGCACACUUCUAACGCUGACUAGCGUCAUUGUUAGCUUAGCUGAUGAUAUGCUAUCUCUCAGGAAAGCUACCGAUAGUACCUAGAUAUAUAUAUAUACACAUUCAGUUUAUCUUUACUCACGUUGUGUUACGGUUCAGUAAAUAUUUCGAAAUGAGUAUAAUGUUAAUCGUAUCUAUGGCUACAUCGUGUAGCUGAAGAGAGUUUCAUAAGCGCUCGAUUUAUAAAUACGUAUAAAUGAUUUGUUUGUACGCAGCGACGGUGACGUCACGCACGGUUUGCUAACUCGUGCAAGCUGCGUUCAGUCAGAUUGAACGUCGAUGUUUAAAAGGAAAGCGAAUGGUUCUGUGACGGUUUAAAAAACAAAAUGCUGGACGGCGAUCAGAAUAAACCGCGUGAUUAUCAGCACGUGUCUGUACUUCAGUGUGAAAGCGUUUAUUAGCGGGUUAUUACUCUAGUUUAUUAGCGGUUGCAUGUGCCGUGUUUGUAGCUCAACUCUGUGUAUUAAACUGUAGGAUUAUUUACAAGAUGUUUCUGCUCGACACUUCCUGUGAUUAAUUCCUACAGCGAGUGCGCUUUCUGAGAGAAGCACCGUGUCUUUUCUUCUCCUGCAUGUGAUCUGAUUUUGAAUAAAGAAGGUUAAAGAUA